AUCCCACAGCUCGAUCAACUCUCGCCUCCCGUCGCCACUUUCGCCUUCUCCGAUUCGACGCAUAUACCCCCAUCCUCUGCUCCGCCGCCCACCCGAACGCCACAGCCCCAUCUCCCUCUGAAUCCUGCCGGUCACCGUCGCAGCGGCAUCCGGAACCAAUGGCGCUCCUCGCGCCGAGCCCGCGCGCGCUCUGCGUGCGGGAGGCCGCGGCGGCGGCAUCGCCGCACCCGCACUCGUCAGCCGCUUGCUCGACCGUCGGCGGCGGGGCGGCCGGGCGGGUCCUGUGGCUGUGGAACGGCGUCGGGAGGGAGAGGGGGAGGAGGGAGCGCGGGCAGAGGGUCAGGGCGGGCGCAUACUUCUGGGACGUGUCCAAGCCGGUGGAGAUGGAGGAGAUCGACAGCAUGGACAAGCUCGACGACGCGCUCAGGUGGUCCGUCGAGAACAACCACGCCGUCGUCAUCGACUGGAUGGCUAGUUGGUGCCGGAAAUGCAUUUACCUGAAGCCCAGGCUGGAGAAGAUAGCAGGGGAAUAUCCAGGAGUCAGGUUUUACUUUGUUGAUGUCAACCAAGUUCCACAAACGGUGGUAAAAAGAGGGAAUAUAACUAAAAUGCCAACUAUUCAGUUAUGGAAGGAUGGAGAAUGGAAAGCAGAAGUAAUAGGAGGCCAUAAAGCUUGGCUUGUGAUGGAUGAAGUUAGAGAAAUGAUCCAGGCGAACAAAUGACUAAACACCUAAGCCCUGCAACUGAUAUUGUACUGCAAAAUGUAUAUAGAGAGAUUCGGAUGAUCUCUUCAUAUACUAAGUCACAACCAAAUCAAUAAAGCUAUAUUUCAGCUCCUUAUCACAGCUGGAUGGGCGGCGAUGGCGUCUUCGACGUCGUGUCCUCCUUGGAGGCGUUGCCUUGGAGGUCCUCUGGCCCAGCAUUCAUUAUUUAGGCGGAGUCUGUUUUCAUGGUUUCUGCACAACAAGGUUUGGCGAGCAAUAGAAGACAAAUUUUGUAACAGGAUGGGUCCAACAUUAAGUUUCUAAGCAGACAAGAGAUGUGAUGGAUUGUUACUGCAUAAAGACAACACAAGGUUGAAACAUGGACGAAAAAAGAAGAUUGAAGUUUAGUCUUCUAAUGGUCUUUCUUUGUCUUAAGAGUUUUCUUUCUUGUGUUUUUGAGCUCCUCUUUUUUUUUUGGAUUAGAGUCUAAGAACUCUUUAUAACCCUUUAGCUGUAUAUAUCCACCAUAUGGAUAUAGUAGGCUUGAUUUUAUCCUUUAUCUAAAAAAAAACAGAGCAGAGCUGGUUAAUAAUACUGUUUCGAUAUUCCGAAUGAA